GGAAAGCAACAAAAGGUUGUGACGAGUUCCACUCGUGAGAUGGCGGCGGCGGCGGAGACGAAGGGUUUGGGCUUGGAGGGCACAGAAACGGCAGUGCGACCGGCCACACUGGCAGAUCGAGAUGAGAUUCUGGGGGAGCUCUCUGAUAACAUCUAUUCUGGUCACGACUACCUGCCCCAUGUGCUGACCCGUUGGCUGCAGCACGAUGAGCAUCACUGCUUUGUGGCAGAGGCCCCCAGCUCGGCACUAUCCGACCAGACCUCGAGUCUUCCCGGAGUGCGCUGCAUCGUAGGCUUUUGUGCUGUUGGACUUUUUGACGAUGGCACGACGGCCGUCGUUCAAGCAUUGCGAGCACACCCUCGAGCACGACGCCUCGGCAUUGGACGCAGCUUAACGGAAUUUGCCGUGGCCUACGCCGAGCACAGUUUGCCUGGGGUGGUACGGGUGCGAUGCACGACUGUACAUUGGCACGAGCCCGUCAUCAAGCUGCACCAGCGUUUGGGCUUUUCCUUGCGGACGGCCUUGGGUUAUGCCUCUCUGGCGUUGCCGGUCCCCUUUGACCGUCGAGCCCACGCCCAGCCACAGCUCCCGAUCACGCGUUGUUUCGGUGCAGAGCUGUGGGCUUUAUUGGAGACGGGCGAUCGCCUGGCUGCAUUGUGCCCUCAUGGUCUCUUGCUCAACAACUGGGAGCCACACAGCGCUCUGCGUGUCAACUUGGAGCGCCUCGAAGAAGAUGAAGACGGAUGCCCGCACCUUGCGAGCUUUUUCAAUGUCUUUUAUUUGUCCCCGCGUCAGGUUUGUUGUUGCAUUGCAUUGGCACAGGGCAUGUGUGCACGCGCAUCACACGAGACAGCACCGGUCAAGUGUGCUGCUGCUUAUGGCUCGCGUGCCACACAUGCGCAACUGCAGUGGGUUGGAGAUGGUCGUGGCCGUCUUUUGCGAGGGGCUAGACCACGCAGCAGUCAAAUCUUUGGUGCAUCAUGCCGUACGCACGGCCUCGCAUGGCUGCAACAUGGUUUGCAUCGAUUUUCCAGGCGUUUUCUGGGACGAGCUGGACCCCCCUACCGGUACGAGUGUUCGAUCAAACUUUUUUUUUUUAAAGUAUGCCGUCGGUUUUCCAGUCACCGGGUUGUGUGUGCUUGGAUCGGCUUAACAGGCACUGAACCAGAUGAUCGUCGGCCUCCCAUCAUUGCCGAGCUAGUGACCGAGCUAGGCCUUGUCGACGCCGACGGGACCAACUACGCCCACGGCCGUCCCAUCGUCCUCGAGAAGCUGCUCUCCCAUCAAGAAGCGCAAUAA